GGGGGUCCCCAAUUGUCCCCUACUUUGGGGUUCCUCCUCAUUCCCAUCCAUGGAGACCCCCUGUCCCCCUCCGUGGGGCUGGGGAAAGGAGCCCCGAUCUCCCGGUACCUCCAUGGGGUGCAGCCCCCAGCCCCAAUAAGCCCCGCAGGGGAUGCGGGGGGGAGGAGGGGGCUCCGCCUCCCGGUUCCGGCGCUGCGAUCGAUUCCGCCGUUCCCUGCAGCCCCGCUCCGCCCCCCCGCGGCCUUUCCCGGUACGGAGGGGCGAGAAGGCGAUGGUGGAGCCCCCCAACUUCUCAUGGGUGGCAGAGGGGCGGCUGGCGGGGCUGGCCAUGCCACGAGAACCGGGUCAUUACCGCUUCCUGCUGGGCCAGGGCGUGAGGCACCUGGUGUCACUGUCUGAAAGGGCCCCCCCGCAUCAUGGCUGCUGCCCCACGCUGCAGCUCCAUCGCUUCCGUGUGCCUGACUUCACCCCACCGACACCCGCACAGAUCCAGAGCUUCCUGCAGCUGGUGGAGGAGGCCAAUGGACGUGGGGAGGCGGUGGCUGUGCACUGUAUGCUGGGGCACGGCCGGACGGGCACCAUGUUGGCCUGCUACCUGGUGAAGACAAAGAAGAUGAGCGGCAGCGACGCCAUCAAGGAGAUCCGCAGGCUGAGGCCGGGCUCCAUUGAGACACGGGAACAGGAACAAGCUGUCAUGGAGUUCUACCAGCACUUCAGUGCUGGAGAGGACAGCAAGGAGGUGUGAGCAAACAUGAGCAUCUCUACAAGCAGCACGUGCUGGAUGGAGGGGAGAUGCUCCCUGAGAAGCUUUGCGCAUCCUGCUUGGUGCCACCAUCUGUCUUGUCCCCAUUAAAGGACUUCUUGUUGCUCCUCUCCACUUCUGUUUGUGGAACUAAAGGGUCACCAGAGACCCCCCCACCUUCACCGUGUCCCACCAUUGCACCACGUUGACUUGCUGCCAUCCCCGAGCUGCACUCCUCAGCCUUCAUCCCAAUCAUCACCGCUUGGAACCCAUCAAUAGCACCCGAAAAUCAGGGAUCCCAUAUCACAAGGCUCUGAAUUUCAGCCUGCCAUCCUCAGAGCUGAUCAACUGCCAAUGCACUGACGCAACAUGGAGGGUGAGAGCAAUGUCAGCUCCCCAGGGCCGUCCCGGGACGUGGAUGCUUAAAGUGAAGCUUAGAUGGAAUUUAGGCAUCUCCGUUCCAAAAAUCCAAUCCUGAAAAUCUCUUCUCA